GAUGAUUCACGGUAUUUUGAUCAAGGUCGUUCUCAAGAAUCGUGACAGCGAACAGGAAUUAUGUGGUACAUUGUGCGACCCUUUACUGAAGGUUAAUGAGGAAUGAGAACGUCUGCAAAAAAGCUAAUAGGCCUCUUAUGCAUGGGAAACGAAAUUAUAUACAGAAGAGUUGAGAGGAUUUUAGUUUCAAAAAAAAGUCAGCACAUUCGAUUCUGAGGAAGGUGAAAUGAAGGCGAACAUUUCAGGGGCUGGAAACAAUUCCACAUUUCAUGAAAUGCUAUGCUCCUCAUAUCUGACAAUUGAGCAUCGAUAUAUACUACUGCCAAUAAACUUAUUUAUAUCCGCCACAGCCUUUCCAGGAAAUGUCCUGAUUAUCAUUGCGCUCCAAAGAGUAUCUUCGCUUCAUUCAUCAUCAAAACUUUUAUUCAUUUGCCUCGCUAGCACAGAUGUUUGUGUGGGCCUCAUCUUGCAACCCGUUUACAUAAGUUAUUUUAUGUCACCAGAUAAUUCUGUCCCAUGUUACUACAUUGGAGAUAUGUCUUACAUGCUCUCUAUAAUAUUUUGCGGUGUAUCCGUGCAAACAUCGACUGCAAUAAGUGUUGAUAGACUUUUUGCCCUCUUACUGGGCUUGAGAUAUAGGCAUAUCAUAACCUUAAAGCGAGUAUGGAUCUUUGUAAUUGCAGCCUGGUUCACAAGCACUUCAAAUGCAAUAUUUUAUUAUUAUAACGAAGCUGCUUCCAUGUAUUUUGCUUGUACAGCAUUGUUAUUGAGCAUAACAACAUCAACGUUCUGUUACGUGCAAAUUUACCGUUUCCUUCUUCAUCACCAAAUACAGAUACAGGAAUAUGCUCCCAAAGAACUAUCAAACCGUGGAAGCCGUCUGCUGAACAUUGCACGAUAUAAAAAAACAGUUUCCAGUGCAGUGUGGAUCCAAGCAGCCUUACUGGUUUGUUAUCUACCGUUUGUCAUAAUGACGACCAUAUAUGUUACCAGUGAGGAGUAUACGCCAAUCAUCGCCUUUCUUUUAGAGUUAACAAUAUCUUUUGUGCAGUUAAAUUCGUCUUUGAAUCCAUUUCUUUAUUGUUGGAAAAUAAGGGAAGUGAGAAGAUCAGUCAAGAAUUUAAUUAGAGGUUUAUUCGUCACAGUUUGUUAGCAGAGUCCAACAAAUAACUAUCUCCUGAUCAUUUUAGCCUGAUUCGCACGAAACGUUGUCAACGAUGACAAAAAAAAAGAUAUGAAACUUGCAACAGCAAGGUUGAUUUGAUAUCUUGGCUGGAAGUUGUUAUGCGCUCUAGCACAAACAGUGCUUCGCACGAAUACUUUCCCAUAAUGCUGCUCGCGAUUUGUUUGGAAGGUAGCUUCACAACGGACCAAACUUUUGAACACAGCUUCAUCUAUACGUGACCCUCUUCCCUUAACUACAGGCGUGCUAUAGCCCAUUGCAGAAACGCGAGAGGACCAGGACGAGUUUCUUAUAUUGAUUACAUUGA